AUGCAGCAAUGGAGAGUCGUGUUCGACAUCUGGAUUGUAAACAACACGUACGUCGAUACAGUGGCCCCGACACGCGCAGGGACACCACGCGGUGUGCUGAUGGCGACGCUAACUCAAAAUUCGACCGAUGUGCCAGCCGUGGAUGCCCAGAGUGGCUCGCUCUACUACUUUCACCAGCGUCUCGGUCGCUUGGCGUACGACAAGGUCGAGCGCAUGGCAAGCGAUCCAUAUUCCGGCAUUUAA